AUGGCCAUCCUGGCUCGCACCCUGGCACUGUUGGCAAUAACCGCAGCCACGGUGGCCAUCAAGGUGGUGCCCCUGGACAUGGCUCGGGACUCUUUUGAUGACCAGUACCGGGGCUGUGGCCCUGCCAUGAACGCAAAGCUGCCAUCUCUCUACAACUUCGAGUAUCAGAAGAAUCCUCACUUUGCCUGGGGCUGGUAUCGUGCUGAUGCUGAGUGGCGCAAGCGGGGCUCUCCUGUGUCCCCUCUGGUGUCCCCAGCCCAGGCCGUGGCUCUCAUGGCCUACACGUCGCAGAAUGUGUACAAGGAGUUCAACGCAGCCGUGCGCACGGCCGGGCGCUCCCGCCAGGAGUACCGGAACAACUUCCACUUCAAAACGCUGCAUUUCCUGCUGACCCAGGCACUGGUGACGCUGAGGCAGGCUCAGAACAGGCAGUGUCACCGCGUGUUCCGGGGUGUGCGUGGUGUUCGUUUCCAGGCACGGCGUGGCCAGAGGGUCCGGUUUGGUCAAUUCACAUCAACGUCGCCCCAUAAAGAGAUUGCUCUGCGAUUUGGGAUAGACACGAUUUUUGAGGUGCACACAUGCCAUGGCGUAGGCAUCGGGCAGUUUUCCAUGUAUCCAGAGGAAGAGGAGGUGCUGAUCCCUCCCUUUGAGACCUUUAAGGUCACCAAAGUCAGCCGGAAUGGGAAAAAGGCAUGGAUCAGUCUUCGCUCCACCGGGACCUUCAGCAAAUACAACUGCACGUGGCUGUGA